CGCCUGCCCGCCCCGGGACCGCGCUGCCGGAGCCGGGCCCUCCUUCGCCAGGCCGGGGCAGCGAGCGGGACGGGGAUGGGUCCUGGCCCCACUAUGCAAGGCGAGCUCUGGCUCCUUGUGCUGGUGCUCAGGGUGGCUGCCGGGGCGGUGAGCCCCCAGCCCGGAGCAGGUCAUGAUGAAGGCCCAGGCUCAGGAUGGGCUGCCAAGGGGACCACGAAGAGCUGGAAUCGGAGAGCCCGAGAGAGCCCUGGGCAGGCAUUGGAGCCAGACAGGACUCAGCUGAGCCAGGACCUGGGAGGGGGCACCCUGGCCAUCGACACAUUGCCAGAUAAUAGGACCAGGGUGGUGGAGGACAACCACAGCUAUUAUGUGUCUCGUCUGUAUGGCUCCAGUGAACCCCGCAGCCGGGAACUGUGGGUGGAUGUGGCUAAGGCCAACCGGAGCCAUGUGAAGGUCCACAGAAUACUCUCCAACACCCACCGGCAGGCUUCGAGAGUGGUCUUGUCCUUUGAUUUCCCUUUCUAUGGACAUCCACUGCGGCAGAUCACCAUAGCAACUGGAGGCUUCAUCUUCAUGGGGGAUGUGAUCCAUCGGAUGCUCACAGCUACACAGUAUGUGGCCCCGCUCAUGGCCAACUUCAACCCUGGCUACUCAGAUAAUUCCACAGUUGCUUACUUUGACAAUGGGACAGUGUUUGUUGUUCAAUGGGACCACGUCUACCUUCAAGGCCGGGAGGACAGGGGCAGCUUCACCUUCCAGGCAGCUCUGCACCAUGAUGGCCGCAUUGUCUUCGGCUACAAAGAGAUCCCUAUGUCUGUUCUGGAAAUCAGCUCUUCCCAGCAUCCCGUCAAAGCAGGCCUGUCAGAUGCCUUCAUGAUUCUCAAUCCAUCCCCAGAUGUGCCAGAAUCUCGGCGAAGGACCAUCUUUGAAUAUCACCGUGUGGAGCUGGACCCCAGCAAAAUCACCAGCAUGUCAGCUGUGGAGUUCACCGCAUUGCCAACCUGCCUGCAGCAUCAGAGCUGCGACGCCUGCAUGUCCUCGGACCUGACCUUCAACUGCAGCUGGUGCCAUGUCCUCCAGAGAUGCUCCAGUGGCUUUGACCGCUACCGCCAGGAGUGGCUGGUAUACGGCUGUGCCCAGGAGGCUGAGGGCAGGACAUGCGAGGACUUCCAGGAUGAGGACCACUACUCAGCCUCCCCCGACAGCUCCCUCAGCCCCUUUGAUGAAGAUCUCACUACCACCACGCCCUCCUCCUUCGUCAUCGACAGCCUGACCACGGAAGAUGACACCAAGUUGAGUCCCUACGCAGAAGGAGAUGGCCUUCAGAACAACCUGUCCCCCAACACAAAGGGUGUCCCCAUGCACCUGGGCACCAUUGUGGGCAUCGUGCUGGCAGUCCUCCUCGUGGCGGCCAUCAUCCUGGCUGGGAUUUACAUCAGUGGCCACCCUACCUCCAACGCCGCCCUCUUCUUCAUUGAGCGGAGACCUCACCACUGGCCGGCUAUGAAGUUCCACAACCACCCCAGCCACUCCACCUACACUGAGGUCGAGCCCUCAGGCCACGAGAAGGAGGGCUUCGUGGAGGCUGAGCAGUGCUGAGAAAGCCAGGUCUCCCCUUCGAACCAUAGUAUAGACGACGCGGGGCUGCAGCAGUGACAGUGAAAGCAAAGAGAAGUGGUUUUUCUUGGCCUCUCGGAGCAUGCCCUGGGCAAGAAGAUGAGAGGGUGGUUUAUGUCCCCAGAGCUGCAGCUUAGUCAGCACAGCCCAGAUAUUGAAGAGGGGGCAGAAGAGCAACCACACGGAGUUUUUAAAGGAACAAUGACCUAAUCUCAUUGUGUUGUGAUGCAAGGGUUCUCCCUUUCUGGACCUCUCAGUGGUCUACUCUGUAGCUGUCCCCUCCCCACCUGGAGAUGGCCAGGUGGCCUGUUCCCAGUCACCUGAUGCCCCUGCGCAUGACACAAGCUAGCUUAAGAUUGGGGCUGCUGUAUUACAGGGUCCACAGACUCAAGAGCUGGUCCUCAUGGCCAUGGAGUCGGCUUCUUUAGCUCUAGCUUCUGUGGCUCUGAAAGUCUAAAGAAGGAGUUUGCACUAUCAGUUAGACACAAGGGUAGUUGCUCUCAGCCCGUGGGGCGUGUUGUUGUCAGAGGAAAACCAAAUAAGAGGAGAGAAAGAACUUGUGGGGAGAAUUGCAUUUUUAGGCUUCGCUUCCUUAACUUGCCCUUUCUGCUCAGAACCAGUCCUGCUCACAAAACUUAUGCAGCCUACUCCCCCCACCCUGGGCUUACCUGGACCUGCGCCCUGCCUCGGCCAGGCCAGCUGUGCUGUGCGCAGCCUGUUUACCUUGUGAGGCUCCUCGUUCAGAUGGCAUGUUGGUGCCCAUUUUAUUCCAUGGCCUGUUCUGCGUCAGUGCCGGUAUAUACCUCCAAAGGCAGAGCUCUCCUGAUUAAUAUUUUCUCUCCUCUGAACUGGAUUUUUAUAGCCAUUAAAGACAAAGAGGGUGGCUAGAGGGCUCCUUGAGACAAACUCAGCAGGGAACUGCAGUUGCAAUUGGAGUCUGUUGAGAAGCAAAAUGCCAAAAUGGUUAGGACAGAGUCAGCCAGCAUGAGAGCAAGGGACUUUCUACACAAGACCUUGACCUGGAAAGUUGCUGUCAGCUCCCCGGCUCUGACAGAAGUUUUGGGGGUGGGGAGUUUAGGCUCCCAAACUUAACUUGGUUAUAAGGGAGGUCUGUCCCAGGAAUGAGUUGGGGUUGCUUCUGAAAAGCAUUUAAAAUGAAAACCUAUAGCUCACCCUCAUUCAAAGUAAAAAAUAUCAGCAGCAAAUAAAUGUUACAUCACAGUC